AUGAGCCUGCGCGGUGGCGGCGGUGGCGGCGGUGGCGGCGCUGGCAACGUGUCAGAGCUCAUCUCUCAAAGCCGGCGGAUCCCGGAGCCCCCGCACGGGUUCCGGACGGGCGACGCCAGCCGCGACGGCUGUCCUCACGUCGGGAACGGCUCCGGCGAUCCCGGCUUCUGCCGGGACGAGGCGGGCAAAAAUUGGGCGGCGCUGCUGAUCCUGGCGGCCAUCGGCAUCACGGUGACGGGCAACCUCCUGGUCAUCCUGGCCGUGUCUUUGGAGAAGAAGCUCCAGAACGCAACCAACUACUUUUUGAUGUCUCUGGCUGUGGCAGACAUGCUCUUGGGCGUGUUGGUCAUGCCGGUCUCCAUGGUGACCGUCCUCUACGAUUACGGCUGGCCUCUCCCGUCAGAGCUGUGUCCCGUGUGGAUCUACCUGGACGUGCUGUUCUCCACGGCGUCCAUCAUGCACCUGUGCGCCAUCUCGCUGGACCGCUACGUGGCCAUCCGCAAGCCCAUCCACCACAGCCGCUUCAACUCGCGCACCAAGGCCCGCAUCAAGAUCGUGGCCGUGUGGAGCAUCUCGGCCGGCAUCUCCACGCCCGUCCCGGUUCUGGGACUGCGCGACCCGUCCAAGGUGUUCAAGGACGGCAGCUGCCUGCUGACGGACGACGGCUUCGUGCUGGCCGGCUCCUUCGUGGCCUUCUUCGUGCCGCUCACCAUUAUGCUGGUCACCUACUUCCUGACCGUCCGGGCCUUGCGCGACGAGGCCGCGCUGCGCUCGGGGCGGCCCAGGUGGGGGGCCGCCGCUGCCGCCGCCGUCACCCUGGGCUUCUUCUCGCAGGCCUCGCUCCCCUCCCAGAAGCUGAGGCGGCGGGAAGCCCUCUUCGGGCGCCGGACCGCGCAGUCCAUCAACAACGAGCAGAAGGCAUCCAAGGUGCUGGGCGUGGUCUUCUUCCUCUUUGUGGUCAUGUGGUGCCCCUUCUUCAUCACCAACGUGCUGGCGGCGGCGUGCGAGGCGCCGGCCUGCGACGACGCCCUGGUGGCGGGCCUGCUCAAGGUCUUUGUGUGGGUGGGCUACCUGUCGUCCGCCGUCAACCCGCUGGUGUACACGCUGUUCAACAAGACGUACCGCGCCGCCUUCCUGCGCUACCUGCGCUGCCGCUACGCGCCGCCCGCCAACAAGCCGCUGCAGCUCAUUCCGCUCAACACCAUCCCCCCCAUGGCCUACCCCUCCGUCGGGGGCGGACGCAACCCAGGCCCGCUACCCGAUUUCUCCCGACGACUCGGCCCGCAGACUGGAGACGAGGACGAAAGCUGCGUGUGAGCCCCAAACAUUUGGGCAAGGGAAAGAGGACGAAAAAACGAGGACAACAAAGAACAUGAUCAAGAAAAGGCAAAAGUCCGGAAGAAGAGUUCGAGUGAGGGACGUGUGCACCGCUCGCGCAAAACACGCGGCCGCUGCGCCCUCAAAAGAGCCCGAGCGCCCCCAUGCUCGGGAGAGGAGAGCCUAAAAGGCACGAGGGGCCGGCCACGUGCUGGAGCUGCCAAAGAACCCUCACUGCAGUUGUCAAGGAGACCAAAUGUGCUGUCUGCGAUGACUCAUUUUUGCCACGCUACCAUGUGACAAGGGGUGACUGGAGGAAGGGGGGGCGGGGGACCCCGGCUUUGCAAAGCGUCGCCUAGCUCCCCGUGUCUCUCCACCACCUCCUCACGACGUCACAAACAUCAACACGAAGAAGCUGGCCGGCAGCUUUUCUUUUUCCCCUCAUCAUCAUCAUCAUCGUCAUCAUUUGGCCCUGGUUGCACUCGUGUGCCCAAUUCGGCUGUCAAAGCAGCACUUGAGCUAACAAUGUUGGGGAGUGCGUGCGUGCGUGCGGCCCACCGUUUUCAUCUUCUCCCAAAGGGGAACGUUGAUAAUCCAUGAACGCCAGCGUUCACCCAUUCGUCUUAGGCCUCGUCUUUCUUCCCCGUCAAAUCUCGCAACUCUUCAAUGAACCAUUUGUUAUCUACUGAUGUCAAUAUUGUGAUUAUUUUUAAAGGAAGAGGGUAAACAAUUGUGGUUUGAAAUCAAUGGGUUUCUUUUUCCCCAGCUCCCAAUU